AUGGACGCGCAAGACCAAAACCACGUACUCGGUCUCAUAUCGGCAAUUUUAGCCACCGCACUUUACGGCUCAUGUUAUGUGCCAGUAAGAUGGUUUGAAGCAGGAGACGCAUUUGUUGGUUGGCCACCGAUAUUUCCUGUGGCUAUGCUUGGAGGAUUCUUCUUUGCUCUGGGUAAUGCACUAACGAUAACUAUCAUGGAUGGUAUUGGUAAUGCACUAACGAUAACUAUCAUGGAUGGUAUCGGUAUGGCUGUUGGUUCUUUGUUGUGGAACACGGUGACAUGUAUAGUGGGAUGGGGCGUAUCCCGGUUCGGAUUAUUUGGGAGCCCUAAGAAAGUGCCACUCGAUAAUAUCAUGAAUAUCGUUGGAGUUAUCAUUGUGUGUGUUGGGUAA